AUGGCAGAGGAAUAUGAACAGUCCGGGGCGUCAGAGUUUAUCAAAGACCGGCUGUACUUUGUCACUCUACGUGUCAAACCAAAGAACACAGCCAACACACACUACUUCAGCAUGGACGAGGAGUUCAUCUAUGAGAGUUUCUAUGCAGACUUUGGGCCCCUAAACCUGGCCAUGCUGUACAGAUACUGCAGCAAAGUCAAUAAGAAACUCAAGUCCUUAAUGAUGUAUAGAAAGAAACUGGUUCACUACACUGGUCAUGACCAGAAGAAGAGAGCAAAUGCUGCUCUACUCAUCGGUGCUUACGCUGUAAUCUAUUUGAAAAGAAGCCCAGACGAAGCCUACAGAACUCUGAUCUUAGGAAACAACACAGGCUACCUGCCCUUCAGGGAUGCAACAGCUGGAGAGUGCUCCUUCAACCUGACUGUCCUCGACUGCUUACACGGAAUACGCAAGGCAUUGCAACAUAGUUUCUUUGACUUUGAAAGUUUUGAUGUGGAGGAAUAUGAAUAUUAUGAGCGAGUAGAAAACGGCGAUAUGAACUGGAUCAUUCCAGGGAAAGUUUUGGCUUUCAGCAGUCCUCACCCUCACAGUAAGAUAGACAACGGUUAUCCUCUCCAUGCACCGGAGGCGUAUUUUGCAUACUUUCGCCAAAAUGACGUGACAGCCGUUGUGCGUUUGAACAGGAAGUUGUAUGACAGCAGGAGGUUUGAGGACGCAGGGUUUGAGCACCAUGAGCUCUUCUUCCUGGACGGGACCACGCCCUCUGACAUCAUCAUCAGGCGCUUCCUGCAUGUGUGUGAAAGUACUGAAGGAGCUGUGGCCGUGCACUGUAAAGCUGGCCUGGGCCGUACAGGCACUCUGAUUGGCUGCUACCUGAUGAAGCACUUCCGGUUCACUGCAGCUGAGGCCAUCGCAUGGAUCAGAAUUUGCCGACCUGGAUCCAUCAUUGGUCCUCAGCAGAACUUCUUAGAAGAGAAACAGCACAGUUUGUGGGUCCAGGGUGACGUCCAUCGCUCCAAACAGAAACUCAUCCAGCAGAGACUGAGUCGACGUCAGCAGCUACAGCAGGAGCGUGAGAAGCAGCUUCCCAGCUCCGACUCUGAGGGAGGACAGGAAGCUAUGUCCCGCCUCCUCUCCAGCAUGGACGACCUGUCAAUCAACACCACGCUCUAUAAAUCAUACAGCUUGGAUGAGAAUAAGGAGGACAGUCCGACUCAGGGGGACAAACUCAGAGCACUGAAGGGGAAACGACCACCGAGAUCAGCCUCCUCCUCCUCAAGGUUAAACCUGUCCAGGAUCUCUUCCUGCUCUAUUCUUCCUCCCUCUAAGCCCCCUAGAGUCCCCCUCUCCUUCUCUUCCUCCUCUUCUAAGAAGCUGGUACGAAGUUCCUCCUCCUUUGCCACACAGAUCAAAAGUCCCUUCAGUCUGGGUCUGUUCAGCUCCACCAGACCUGCUGCUGUUCACUGA